AUGUAUCUUGCAAAUUGCACUAGACCAGAUAUAGCUUUUGCUACUAAUCUCCUUGCAAGAUACAGCUCAUCGCCUACCAGAAGACAUUGGAACGGAAUAAAACAUAUAUUCCGUUAUCUUCAAGGUACGAUUGAGUUUGGAUUAUAUUAUUCAAGAAACCCCGAGGUUGGUUUAGUUGGUUUUGCAGAUGCUGGCUACUUGUCUGAUCCGCAUAAAGCUCGAUCGCAAACCGGUUAUGUUUUCACAUACGGUGGAACCGCGAUCUCUUGGCGUUCCCAAAAACAAACUUUGGUUGCAACGUCUUCAAAUUAUGCGGAGAUCAUUGCACUUCAUGAAGCAUGCAGAGAGUGUGUAUGGUUGAGAUCUUUGAUCCAACAUAUACAAGAAGCCAGCGGAGUAUCUACAAAGAAAGAGCCAACAACCAUCUACGAAGACAAUUCAGCAUGUGUCACUCAACUCAAAGAAGGUUAUAUUAAGAGCGACAGGACAAAACACAUCCCUCCAAGAUUUUUCUCCUACACUCAAGAACUCGAGAAAAAUCAAGAAGUGGAUAUUCAUUAA